UGGCAGCCUGCUGUCACCUUCGCUUCUGGCAAUGGGGAAUGGACUCUCGGACCAGACGCCCAUCCUCUCCAGCCUGCCUUCUUUCCAGAGUUUCCACAUUGUCAUCUUGGGACUGGACUCCGCAGGAAAGACGACUGUGCUCUACAGGCUGCAGUUCAAUGAGUUUGUCAACACUGUCCCCACUAAAGGAUUUAAUACGGAGAAAAUCAAAGUGACGCUGGGCAACUCGAAAACGGUCACUUUCCACUUCUGGGAUGUAGGCGGCCAGGAGAAGCUGAGGCCGCUGUGGAAGUCGUACACAAGGUGUACCGAUGGCAUUGUGUUUGUGGUGGACUCUGUCGAUGUUGAGAGAAUGGAGGAGGCCAAAACAGAACUUCAUAAGAUUACUAGGAUAUCUGAAAAUCAAGGAGUGCCUGUCCUUAUCAUUGCUAACAAGCAGGACUUGAGGAACUCUCUCUCCCUUUCUGAAAUUGAGAAAAUGUUAGCAAUGAGCGAGCUGAGUUCUUCGACUCCCUGGCAUUUGCAGCCCACCUGUGCAAUCAUUGGAGAUGGACUCAAAGAGGGACUGGAGAAACUACAUGAUAUGAUAAUUAAGCGAAGGAAAAUGUUGAGGCAGCAGAAAAAGAAGAGAUGAGUUCUAAUUUGACCUUUCUAUUUUAGAGUAGUUACAUGGUCAAAAUUUGACAUAAGAUAGCUUCCAAACCCAGGCCUGCUUGUUUGGAUGCCGUUAAGCUUAGUUACAUUAAACAAUCAGUUGCACAACCUUGCUGUGUGGAAGGCUGUGCAGUUAUGGAACUUUUUUUUUUACACUAGUCUCUUCUGAGUUUGAUGGCUCUGCAUUAUUUCAGAAGCCCUAACAGAUGAUGUAAUACUAUCAGCAAAUGGAUGGGUGGGUGUAUGUGACAUGGAUGUCUAAAUAGCCAAAUAAAAUGAGGGGUUUCUGCUUAGUGUUGUAUUCAUAUGUUUGAGGGUGCCCUCUGCAAGCAAUUUGCAUUGAAGGUGUUCUGUGUUUUUAAACUUCUAAUGCUCGUAAGUGGAGUGUUUAGGUGAACAUUAUACAGCUUUAAAACCAUGUGAAGCUAGUAACCCAUUAUUUCGAGAGGCUGUUUUUUAUCUUGUUUGGGGAUUUAUAUGAAAGCUUGGCUACAUGUGUAGGGUUUUUUUUUAAUUUGGCACUUUUUGAAAUUGAAUCAUGUUCAGUUCAAAUACUUGAAAUUUAAGUGCUGUGGAUUCUUCAACUGACAAAAGAAAGACUUUUUGACAAGUAAAAAAUGUAAACAACACGCUGGAGCAUGGAAAAGUGGUU